AUGAACAUGAUGUCUAUUUAUUUUCUAAUCACCUACCUGGUACUCAGAAAGCAAAGUCGUUCUUUGAAUCCCAAAUUCCAGUGUCCAGUUUGCGCCAUCAACUGCGGUGAAACCCGUGCUCGAAAUCGCCACAUCUGGGCUGAACACAGCGAAUACGCAAAAGAAAAUGAUAUUCCGUCUGAACAGGAGGCUUGUCCAUUCCCUGGCUGUCGGUAUAGAGGAAGGAAGGACAAUGUGCCCCGCCAUUACAAGACACAGCACAGCCAAUAG